UAUAGCAACUACAAUGUAAUUAAAAGAAUUUUUAAUCUUCAUAACAAAGCAAGUUUUAUUUUGAACUGAAGUAAAGACUUGAAUGCAGUAAAAACUUUAAAAAAAAAAUGGAGGCUCUAAACAGCAACAAUAACACUUUGACUGAACUCGUUGAAGAAAUAACACUUGAUGAAUCUGACCAGUGUGAUUUCCAGUUAAAUUUUAGCCUGUAUGACUUUCCAAACAACGCGUCAUUGACUGAACCUCUGGACUGGGAAGAGUACGUCAAGAUUGUUUUCUAUGUUAUCGUCCUCGUUAUAGCCCUUAUGGGGAAUAUCAGCGUCAUACUGACUGUUGCCCUGAAUAGAUCCAUGAGAACCACCAUUAAUCUGUAUUUAGUGAACCUUGCUGUCGCUGAUUUAUUAAUUUGCAUGUGCUGUAUGUGGGUCCCAUUGGCGAACAGCAUCACGAAGCCAUUGUAUUCACUCGGAGGUUUCAUCUGCAAGCUAAAUCCUUUCGCCCAAAUGACAUGUUUGACAGCAAGUGUUCUCACUCUUUCUGCCAUCUCCUGCGAUCGCUUCAUCGCCAUUAUCUUUCCACUUCACGUCCGGAUCACCAAACAGAGGACCAGUGUCGUCAUCAGCAUCAUUUGGUUGGUGUCCCUGGCUGUCGCAACUCCUUUCCUCAUCAUAAGGAAAUAUAAGACCUAUCAGUGGAGGAAUCUUGUUGAACCAUCUUGCGAUGACGACUGGCCUCGAGUGGAACACUGGGAUGCCGAAUCCGGUCUUUGUCUACGGACCUACCCUAUGAAACAACUCUACUACACUUUUGUCACUGUGACGUUAUUCUUUCUACCAGUGGCAAUUAUGAUCGCAACAUACAUGUUAAUAAUAUGCCGUCUAUGGCGAACGCAGGCACCAGGUGAGAGUAAUAUCGCCAACAUGAAUGUCCAACACCGGGCAAAGAAAAAGGUGAUCAAAAUGGUAUGCGUCGUGCUGUGUGGAUUCGUUCUCUGCUGGUCACCAAUGCAAGUGAUGGUUCUGUAUGCCGAAUACUGGCACUCCGCCAGCCAGUUUGGGGAACUUCCGUACUGGUUUGAAGGAUUUCAAUACUUCGCAAUGUUUCUGGCUUACUUCAACAGUGCUCUGAAUCCUCUACUGUAUGGAGGAUUCAACAAUAAUUUUCGUCAAGGGCUGUGCAAUGUUUUGAAGUGUACAUAUGCCAGGCCUCUCAGAAGGCCACAGUUCUCUCAGAAGUCUCGGACCACCCUCAUGUCCGGACUGACCGGAAGUCCAUCCAGCGGUAGGAUUAACGGCGUUGGACCUUCCACCAGGACAUUUGAACUUCGAUCAUUCCAUGACUUCGAUAACGCCCGCAAAGGAUGCAACACUAGCGCUUAAUUGUCUAAUGGAUGAGAAAUCGUUGUGGCGAACUCUUAAGAGGAUAUUACUGCAUAUUACUGUUUUAGUCAUUGUGGUUUAUGCAUGUUGUCGUUGUAUAUUAUCAAGUGAGUGUUUUUCAAUAGUGCAUGAAAAACACACAUUUAUCUAGUCUUUUUAUUCAGAUGUGAUUAUUAAAUAAAGCCGUGAUCACAACUGAUAAUUAUUAUCUUGUGAUUGAUUUAAUGAGUUUAUGAAAACUAUUCCGUUCGCAUUUUGUCAUUAUAUAUUAUUUCACAUUCAGAAAUAUUUUUAAACUUAUUCUCAAUAUAUACUUAUUGAUGUCUGUUGUCCCUGAAGUAGUGAAAAUGAGCAUGAAUUUACCCUGUAUUUAUUUCAAAUGUAAGAUAUCUCACUCGAAGGCACUUUUAAUUAAUUAUGUGUAUAUUGUAAUAUUUAUUGAUGUCAAUUCUAUCUGUAUUUGUGGUUAAGUAAUGGUUCUAUCUGAA